GAGUGUGUAUAUCCAUAAUUCUUUCUUCCAUCACAAUCGUGUUCGUGGCACAAUUUCGUUUGACACGUAUAUGUCAACAUAAUACAGAUGUCAAAUUAAAUGAUUUUCACGUAUAUUAUUUUGAUUUUUUGAGUGUUUCUGUUCUACAGCUCGAUAAAAAAGAGACAUCAACAUGAGUACUGUAGCAGAGCAACCAUGCUAUACGCUAAUUAAUAUAGCAAUUGAUGCAGAGCCUUUCAAUGAAAUGCAAUUGAAACAAGAUCUCGAAAAAGGAGAUCUUAAUACAAAAAUUGAGGCUCUUAAAAAAACAAUUCACAUGAUAUUAAGUGGAGAAAGACUUCCAGGUCUUUUAAUGACAAUUAUUAGAUUUAUUUUGCCUCUUCAAGAUCAUAUGAUAAAGAAACUUCUUUUAAUAUUUUGGGAAAUUGUACCAAAAACUUCUGUAGAUGGAAAACUACUUCAAGAAAUGAUAUUGGUGUGUGAUGCUUACAGAAAAGAUCUUCAGCAUCCCAAUGAAUUCGUGAGAGGAUCCACUUUAAGAUUUCUCUGCAAAUUAAAAGAACCAGAAUUACUUGAACCAUUGAUGCCAGCUAUUAUUUCAUGUUUAGAACAUCGUCAUUCAUACGUGCGACGUAAUGCAGUUCUUGCAAUAUUUACAAUCUAUCGAAAUUUCGAAUUUCUUAUACCAGACGCUCCGGAAUUAAUAGCCAAAUACUUGGAAGGAGAACAAGACAUGUCUUGUAGAAGAAAUGCAUUUUUAAUGCUUUUACAUGCUGAUCAAAAUAAAGCUUUGGCAUAUUUAACAGCGUGCUUAGAUCAAGUGCCCAGUUUUGGAGAUAUUCUUCAACUUGUUAUCGUUGAAUUAAUUUAUAAGGUGUGCUUGGCAAAUCCAUCAGAGCGUGCACGUUUUAUUAGGUGUAUUUACAGUUUAUUGAAUUCUCCAAGCGCUGCCGUUCGUUAUGAAGCCGCUGGAACAUUAGUAACACUUUCAAGUGCUCCAACUGCAAUAAAAGCUGCUGCUUCUUGUUACAUAGAGCUUGUUGUGAAAGAAAGUGAUAAUAAUGUGAAACUUAUUGUUCUCGAUCGUCUUAUAGCGAUGAAGGAAAGUCCAUCACAUGAAAGAGUACUUCAGGAUCUCGUCAUGGAUAUUUUGCGAAUUCUAGUUUCUCCAGCAUUGGAAGUUCGUUCUAAAACUUUAUCCUUGGUGAUGGAUUUGGUAACAACUCGAACAGUUGAAGAAAUGGUUCAAUUAUUAAAAAAAGAAAUCUUAAGAAGUUCUGGCGGAGAGCAUGAGGAUGCUGGAAAGUAUCGUCAACUUCUUGUUCGAACAUUACAUUCGUGCUCUAUCAAAUUUUCAGACGUCGCUGUUACUGUUAUUCCAGUUUUAACUGAUUUUCUAGCCGAGAAUAAUGAAGCUGCCGCUACAGAUGUUCUUGUUUUCGUUCGAGAAGCCAUUCAAAGAUUUGAGAAUCUUAGACCUCUUAUAAUUGAAAAACUACUUGAGGUAUUUCCACAAAUUCGGUCCGUUAAAGUACAUAGAGCUGCUCUCUGGAUAUUAGGAGAAUAUGCAACAUCAAAGGACGACAUUGAAGCUGUUAUGAAUCGCGUAAGAGCAGCUUUAGGAGAUUUACCUUUAGUUGAAGCAGAGAACAAUCGUCAAGCAGGCGAAAAAAGUUUAGACGAAAGUGCACAAAAUUCUCCAAUUCAACUUGUCACAUCAGAUGGAACCUAUGCCACUCAAAGUGCAUUUAAUUCGGUUUUAAUAGGAAAGAAAGAAGAGAAGCGUCCAACAUUGGUACAGUAUAUGAUGGAUGGCGAUUUCUUUAUUGGUGCAUCCUUGGCGACAACACUUUCGAAGCUUGCUCUUCGUUAUAAAAAUCUAGAGACAAGCCAACAAAAGAGCAAUAGAAUGCAAACAGAAGCGAUGCUCAUUAUGUCCAGUGUUCUGCAACUCGGCAGAUCUGGUCUACCUUCAAAACCAAUGACACACGACGAUGCUGAAAGGGUUUCUCUGUGUUUGCGAUCUCUCGCUUGCCCGACGCCACUUGUUCAAAAAGUCUUCACAGAAGGUUGCCGUGAGGCUCUAGGUAGAAUGUUGACAGCUAAAGCUGAAGAGGAUUUGCUUAGUCAGAAGGCUAAGGAAAAACCAGGAAAUAUUGUACAAGUCGAUGAUGCAAUACAAUUUAUGCAAUUAACUCGUGGAUCAGAUUUAACAGGCGGUGCUGGUGAUGUUUUUGAACAAAGUUUAAGCGCAGCAGUGGCAGGAAAGUCAACGGGAGGUCAAGAUGUUUCGACACCAAAUGCUCUAAGCAAAGUAACGCAACUCACUGGUUUCUCUGAUCCCGUCUACGCUGAAGCCCUCGUUCAUGUCAAUCAAUAUGACAUUGUCCUUGACGUUCUUAUUGUCAAUCAAAGUGAAGAUACACUUCAAAAUUGUACUCUUGAAUUGGCUACAAUGGGCGAUUUGAAACUUGUAGAAAGACCACAGUCCAUUGUUUUGGCACCAAGAGAUUUUGCGAGUAUUAAGGCUAACGUUAAAGUCGCCUCCACUGAGAAUGGCAUCAUCUUUGGAAAUAUUGUGUACGACGUAUUUGGUGCAGGAUCAGAUAGGUGUGUUGUUGUUUUAAAUGAUAUUCACAUCGAUAUUAUGGACUACAUUGUACCAGCCACUUGCACUGACGCAGAAUUCCGUCAAAUGUGGGCAGAAUUCGAAUGGGAAAAUAAAGUUUCAGUGAAUACAACUCUCUCCGAUUUGCGAGAUUACUUGGCGCAUCUUCUCAAAUCAACUAAUAUGCGUUGCUUAACUCCAGAAAAGGCACUUUCUGGACAAUGUGGAUUUAUGGCUGCUAAUAUGUAUGCAAAAUCAAUAUUUGGUGAAGAUGCGUUGGCUAAUUUGUCUAUUGAAAAACCUUUAAAUAGACCCGAUGCUCCUGUUGUUGGUCACAUUCGUAUAAGAGCUAAAAGUCAAGGAAUGGCCCUAUCGCUUGGUGAUAAAAUUAAUUCAACACAAAAAGGUCCACAAAAUAAAGUUGUCCAAGCUGCUUGAAUAAGAAUUACUCAUCAUUAGAAAUAAAUAUUCUGCUUUUUAUUGUUCUACGUACAUUUUUAUGACGCAGUGGAAAAAAAAUGAUUUAUUAACACCUCAAAAAAAAAAAAAAAAAAAAAAAAAAGAUUCAAUGAGUGUGAAUGUAAUCUUCAGUAGGCGUUUGUUUGUACUUCUUUUAUUUCACUUUUACAUAUUAUAUAUCUUAUUUGUUAAAAUAGAUUUUUAAAUUCUUUUAAAUAAAUGGAAGAAAUAUAAAUAAAAAAAAAGAAA